AUCGGGCUUGUCCCCCCACCCCCGGGCGGCUCCACACCUCCCUCUUCCUCCUCAAAUAUUCUCAACCCCUCAACCAAUUCAUUCCCCUCACUCAUUCCUUCCUUCCUUCCUUCCUCAUUUCCUCUCCUCUCCUCUCCUCUCCUCUCCUGCACACACGCGUGCAUACACUCCCGUCCCGCGGCACCUUGCAAGAAUUGAACUGCCUUGCCACCACAGCACGGCGAGAGGAUACAAGCUACCUAGCCGGCGCCCGGCAAGCAGGCAGCGCAGAUAGAUAAGGUAGUUUGCUGAUUCUUGGGUCAAGCUAGCUAGCUAGAGACCAUUGGGUCUGCCGAUUCGUGCGACACGCCAUGGCGCAGGAGGAGGUCCACGACGCCGGCCUGGCGCUGGGCCUGUCCCUGGGAGGCGGGUCGUCGUCGGCACACCGCAGCAACAACAGCAGCCGGCUGACCCUGUGGGAGGCGCCGUCGGCGGAGCCGUCGCUGACCCUCAGCAUGCCGGACGACCCGACCAUGACCGGCCGCACCGCGUCCGGCGGCGUGUCGUCCAUGUCGGUGGGGGGCGCGGUGAAGAGGGAGCGCGCGGAGGAGGCGGAGCUGGGCGAGAUGGUGUCGUCCACGGCGGUCGUCGCAGCCGAGGAGGACGACGACGGCAGCACGCGCAAGAAGCUGAGGCUCACCAAGGAGCAGUCCGCCCUCCUGGAGGACCGCUUCAAGGAGCACAGCACCCUCAACCCGAAGCAGAAAGUGGCUUUAGCCAAGCAGCUAAACCUCAGGCCGAGGCAGGUGGAAGUCUGGUUCCAGAACAGAAGAGCCAGGACGAAGCUGAAGCAGACGGAGGUGGACUGCGAGUUCCUGAAGCGCUGCUGCGAGUCGCUCACCGAGGAGAACCGCCGCCUGCAGCGCGAGCUGCAGGAGCUCCGCGCCAUCAAGUUCGCCCCUCCUCCUCCGCCGCCGCCACCGCCCAACAACGCCGGCCAACACCCCGGGACCCCGUCCGCCGCCGCGGCGCCGGCGCCGGCGCCACCGUUUUACAUGCAGCUGCCGGCCGCCACGCUGACCAUCUGCCCGUCCUGCGAGCGCCUCAGCGGGACCGCCGCCACCGCCGCCGGCAAGGUCGACCCCGACAGGCCCAAGGCCACCCACCACUUCUUCAACCCCUUCACCCACUCCGCCGCCUGCUGAUCGGCGAUUCACCGCACCGCACGUACAUACACGACGCUCAUCAACACCAGCAGCACCCCACCGCUUCUGUAGCUAGCUAGCCUAGCCUAGCUAGCUACAAGUAAGCAACUAGCAGUGGCCGCCAUGGCUAAUACCUCACGCCGCAAGUAACAUCUGAUCCUGCAGGACAUGGACAUGGACAUGGACACGAUCCUCCUACUUUUGCUAUUUCUUGGUCUGGGGGUUUAGUUCCGAAUCUUGUUCAGUUUAGCUAAUCCAUCAAUCAUAGACGCAAUCCAUAGACGAUAGGUAGUCAAACGGCCAGCCGUGGUAGCUUUGUAGCUAGCUGGUAGCUGGUACUCGAAGCGGCCGGCCAUUGUAUAUUCUUGUGCAUGCAGCAUGUAACCGUGGACCUCUCCUUUUGGUUAGCUUCUCUGCCUUUUUUUCUCAAAAGCUAACUAUCGGAGAGGAGAUAAUAGAUUAAGCCGCCGCUGUUGUAGCUGUGGUGAGUUUCUGGUCG